AUGCCAAGGAGCACACGAAACUCGAAAUCGACGGCGGCGGACGUCUCUGCCGCCAACGGCGCUGCGGGCGGAAAGACCGAAUCGCUCCUCCAACGAGCAAACGAAGCCGACGAGAAUGUCUUCCUCUUCGUUCCCAACUUGAUAGGAUACGCUCGUGUCAUCCUUGCAGCUCUCUCGCUAUACUUUAUGAAGGGCAAUCCAAAAGUCUGCACCCUCCUCUACGGUGUUUCUUGCCUUCUCGACGCCUUUGACGGUAUGGCAGCAAGAGCGCUCGGUCAAUCCACAAAGUUCGGAGCUGUUCUCGACAUGGUCACAGAUCGAUGCACCACCGCAUGCUUGCUCUGCUUCUUGACCGCUGCCUACCCACGAUGUGCCGUCAUCUUCCAAGGCCUCAUCACACUCGACUUUAGCUCGCACUACAUCCACAUGUACAGCUCGCUCGUCACGGGAUCGGCAUCGCACAAGAUCGUCACCUCGGAAACAUCCAAGAUCUUGUGGUACUACUACAACGAUAGCAGGACACUCUUCAUGUUCUGUGCAGGUAACGAGCUCUUCUUCGUCUGCCUCUACUUAAUGGACUUCUACAAGAGACCGUUGGGGUUGGACAUCGAGCCUCUCAUGUUCUUGUUCCCCUCGGCGCUCAAGGCUUCCCCAUGGAUCUCGUAUAUCAUCAAAGAGGCUCCCAAGCUCAGCUGGCCACAAAUUGUUGGCACGACCACUUUCCCGAUCUGUGCUGCUAAGCAGAUUAUCAACUGCGUUCAGUUCUGGAAGGCUGCUAAGGUGCUUGUUGGCAAGGAUCUCGAGGAACGACAAAAGACUCGCACCAAGUCGCUCUGA